AGAGUUUCAACAGAAGGCUUCAACGACACACGACACCCCUAUCAGCAUAGCAUUGGCCUACAUAAACCCGGCGAUGUAUCAGCGAUAAAAGAGAGUGGAUUUUGUUGCUGUUGAGGAUUUGACAUCCUUAUUUCAGUUUCUUUAUUUGAUUGUGCAUUUAGUUUUGAUUUUUUUCGAAGUCAAUUCGCCGAUUAGCCCUAGCAUCAUGAGAUUGAGAGGCAUUUCACAGACAGAGGUAUGGAUGUGCGUCUGGAUUCUUGUAACAAUAGUCACCACUUCUGCUGUUUUAAAGUCACCAUGCCUGACAGAACUAAGGAGUUUUUGCGGCGUCCUUCGACUACCAUUGGGUCGUGAGAUUCAGUUAGUCCCUAGGUCAUUACGAAACAUCUCUCAUACACCCUACAAACUCCUGAAGUCUCUUGGGAAUUCGAGUUUUAUCUGCACACUCCCAGUUCCAACGCUUAAAGAUGAUGGGGAAUGGAAUACGACUCAAUUAAUUACGUCUCAUCAGGCAACCAUUACUCAUGAAACUACAACUGGGAUAUCAGUCCAAAUAACAGGAGAGACUGGUGGGACUACAACUCCUAUUUCGACCCAUAUCAUUUCUGGAAAAGGGACUUCUGAAGCACCUGCACCUGCGACUGAAUCGACUGCAGUUCUUGGGACGGAUGUAACGAAGAUGAGCUCUGAAGCAACUGCACCUGCGACAGAAUCAACCGCAGUUGCAGGAACGGAUGUGAUGAGUACUGAAGCACCUGCAUCUGCGACAGAAUCAACUGCAGUUCCUGGAACGGACGUGACACAAAUGAGUUCUGAAGCAACUGCACCUGCGACAGAAUCAACCGCAGUUCUUGGAACGGAUGUAACGAAGAUGAGCUCUGAAGCAACUACACCUGCGACAGAAUCAACCGCAGUUCCUGGAACAGAUUUAACGCAGAUGAAUUCUGACGGAGAGUCUUUUACAGAUGUUACUACGACUGAAGGGUACGAAACUUCUCCUUUGACUUCAUCUUUAUCUACAAAAGCCAAAACCGAUCCGACCAGUACAAGUGUUCCCACCACGAAAAAUUCGUCUUCUCUGUCAGUGCUGUGCCCUUCCAACUUCGUCCUCUAUGGCCCCAAGUGUUACCACUUUCCACCUGUUGAUGAUGUAACCUCCUACAUGAAUUACACCCAAGCCAAAGACUACUGCUUCAGUGAGGUAUCCACGGGAAUGGCCGAUGUAACACCGUUGACCAUCAACAGUCUUGACGAGAAUACGUUCUUGGUUGAUGUUCUCCAAGACGUUGUGGAUAUCACUGGGAAUGAUUUGGUUUGGGUGAACUGUGAUCCGAAUGAGCGUUUCGACUGCAUUCCGGAUUCAUCUUUGGUUAAUCAACCUUUGAAUGAUAUCUGCACUAUUCUGUCUCUCAUCGACGGUCUCUGGUACGGCGUCGACUGCUCAUACUUAGCUUUUGUUGUUUGCCAAUUUAUUCCCGAUGUGGAUUGGUCGAGCAGUUCCGAACCUGAAUUUAAUUUGGGGAUAAUAGGCAUAGGUAAAUGAAAUGUCAAAUAAUGGAAUACAUGUAGUAAAAAAUACGUCAUUGAACCGGAGUAUAGGGGAGUUUUUCAUCAUCAUGUUACAUCCAUUCACAUAUUAAUCAUAAUUGUUUCCAUAAUAUUA